AUGGUUGACAUCACCGCUAAGUUAUUUUGGUACCGCACUAAGGAGUGGUAUGAAGUCAUGGCUGACAAGUUGAAUGAUAUUGUGUAUACAGAUGACUCUAAAGAGACUGUUGAUGUGAUAAAUUUGUUGCUAUUGGGAUGGAUAUUAUUAGGUUUAAUUGUGUAUAUUGUAGGAAAUAUAAUAGCAACUCAAUUACGAAAGAAAAAAGCAGCUUUUCAGUCGAACGAACCCGAAACUGCAGACGAUAAACCUGAUGCGACCGAGCAUGUGUCAUGUGCAGCUGAUGAUAAAUCCUUGGUUGGUGGUGAAACUUUCAAAGAACCUGAAAAAUUGAAAGAAAGUUAUACUAUUCCGAAGUGCAAUGGAGAAGAUGAAGAAAUUGUUGAAUGGAUUAAUAAUGUUUUUUGUUGGAUUUAUAAGCAGCACGUUAUUUCUCCCAUCAUUGCUUCUUUGCAUUCUGCUCUCAAUGCGAGAACUCGAUUGUCGUCCACUGAGCAUGGGAUCUUGGUUGAUUUUAAAGAUUUGAUACACUCUUCACAAGCUCCAAAUAUUUUUAGUGCCACAGAAAUAUGUAAUUCUCAAGGAGAUCUAAAUUUAUACUGUGUUGCUGAAAUUGAAGAUUUGGUGUUUGAAAUCAUAGUAACACAAUUUAAAGGAAAAGAAAGGAUUAUCAUUCCUUAUAUACUUAAUGUUAACAGAAUAUCCGGUGGUUUGAACAUCAUAUGUGUACCUGAAGAUUUGACAUUUAUAACUAGAUUCACAGAACCUCCACUAAUAGAAUUAUCUGCUGAGCUUCAAAAGUGUGAUACAUUAUCACAUGAAGAUAGUCAGCCUUUAAGUGAUGUUGUUUGUGAAAUUACUACUGAAGCACUCUCAUCAUUCAUAGCUGAAUUCAAAUUUUCCCACUAUCCAGACUGUCCGAGGCUGAAUUUGAAACGUUCUGUAUCAGAAGAAGACAUUUUUGAACCUGUUAAAGAUGAAAGCGAAGAAAGAUUGUUAGUCAAAAUAAUUAAAGCUAAUGGCCUUGGUGGAACUGAAGGUUGCCUAAAACCUUAUUGCGUUGUUGAGAUGGAUGAACCACCUCAAAGGUAUGAAACCAAAGAAAUGGAAGAGAAACAUAACCCUUUUUGGGAUGAAUCUUUUACAUUCAUUGUCAAAGAUGUUUCUGCAGAGCUGUUAUUUGAAAUAUAUGACAAAGAAAAACCGUCCAAUGAAAAUUUCCUUGGUUUAGGCAUUGUUAGUAUUGAGGAACUGAUUAAAAAUCCAAGCCAACGGCAAAUUAUACCAUUACAAUCCAGGCCAUUAGAAGAUGAUGACAUCACAGGCUCUUUGACUACAGAGUUUCUAUUUCUCAAUCAAACACCAGUUUUUGAAACUACUCGUUUAACUCAAGCCAAUGGUGAUGUUUUGUCUAAUUCAGAGAAAACAGUUGAAACAAACAGCCGAAUUACAUCUGGUGGCACAGUUAUUACAACAACUACAAUCAAAAGGACUAAAGAAGAAAAUAGUGAUAGAUCCAAGGCUGCUAACCUGACUGCUAAUUCUAUUUCCAAUUACUCUUCUGGUCACAAUUUAAUCUCUCUGCAUGAAGUUGAGGAGGAGCAAAUACAAAACAGAAAUAAUUCAAAACAACUAAAUUCUUUCCAGAAAUCUCAUAAGAAUGGUGAUUGUAUUAUCUCUAACAAAAGCAUUUUAACUAGUUUUGUCAACCAUCAAAAUUUUAUUGAGGGAGAUGCACUUGAUGACAAUAAGAACAAGGAUGUAGAAAAUAUAGUUUACACCAGUAUAAAAUCUGAAGAUACUGCUUUGCAGAAUAAUAUUAAAUCAGAAAAUAGUAAAGAGUUUGAAAAUAUACAUAAGAACGAUCAACCAGCCCUUUUAAAUGGUAGACCAGAUCUUGCAUGGCCUGUAUUGCAUGUGCAUGAUACUUUUCAAAACCCUGAUUUAAUAUUUGAUUUUACUGUUGAGAAAGUUACUGAUGCAAAUUGCAUGCAGAAAGAAAUUGACUGUCAUGUAAAAGCUAGUACGGAAAUGCAUGAACUUGACAAAUAUGUAGAGAAUAGUGUGAAUUUGUCUAAAGACACAGAUAGCACUUGCACUGACAUGAGUUUUACUUUGCCACCGAUUGCAGAAAUUGUUGAAAUUAGCUCAACUUCUUCAAAAGUUUUAGAAAAUCAGAACGAUUUAGAAGCAGAUUUAACUGGAACUGCUCUUAAAGAGCUAGAAAAGCAUAGUAAGCCAAGUUCUGCCAGCAAAAGCACGCUAAUUAUACACAGUGUCCAACGAGCUGACAAUUCUGUUUCAGAAAGUUUGGAAGCUUCACCUGCAAGUCAUUUGUCGAAAGGUUCGAGAACUUCAUAUUCCGAUAGUGUUCCUUCUUCACCAUCUCAAGAUCAAAGUGGUGAUGACAGAUCUCGACCAAAAGAAAAAAAGUCAUUUAUGGGGAGCUUAAGAAGAAGACUGAGCUUUCGCAAAACAAGAUCUAAAUCUGCCGAAAAUCGUUCUGAAUCUGCAUCUAAUUACAGCCAAGCUAGUAGUAGAAGUGCUUCUACAGAUAGAUUGCGUCAGCAGAAGCCAUCGCCUUUCAAGGGGAAAUUUAUGGGAAAGCAAUUUUUAGCUGUUCCAGGUAGUACACGCAGUAGCCUUAGUGAAGCCUCUGGCAUAAGUGCUUCUUCAAGUCGUACAUAUAUAAAUGAAAAUUCAACUCUUGUGGUAGAAACAAAUGAAAAUGGAAUAAUCAAGCGUUAUCUUAUACCAAAUUCUUUGAUUCAUCGCAGCAAGUGGAAAAAACGUGGAAUUAAGUUACAUAUUUAUAAUGAUCAUGUAUUUGUAGCCAAACAUCUCUCAGGGUCUACAUUGUGCCAAGUAUGCCAGAAAUACUUAACAAGACGCCCAGGAAAACAAGGUUAUGAAUGCAGAGGUUGCAGCCUUCAGUGCCAUAAAAGCUGUCAUGUUAAAGCUAUUUCAUACUGUUCAAACAGCACUAUCAGUUCAAUGGAAGUUGAAUAUGUUCACGAUCCAAGAUCAACUGUUCCAAAAUCAAGCUAAGAGUUCUGGAAUUCAAAGUAUUUGCCUCUAA